CGCCCAAAAAAAAAAAAAAAAAAAAAAAAAAAAAAGUCCACUCUCUAACCAUUCACUUGCCUUUACUUCACAAUCCGUUCCACCCUUCUCUCCCCCCUUCCUUUUCUUCUUCCUUCCUUUCUUCUUUUCCCCCCGACUCAGUGCCACCGGCGGGGCGUGGUGAAUUUUGAGCGACUUGAACCGCAAUAAUGCAGCAGGAUCCCUCCUCUUCCUGGAAUAAACCGCUCCUCUAUCGCAACAAGUCGGCUGCAACGACAUCCACCACCACCGCAGCCACAGCCACCACUCCAACCGUCUCCUCCACUGCUGCUGCUGCUGUUGUCGUUGCUGUCGCUACUAAUUCUACUGCGACUUCAACGGGCUCUACCUCUGGAUCCUCAGCGUUGCCACCCUCUAUUCACUCAAGAUCUCCGGCCUCAACGCCCUGUCUCACUUCGAGCCAUGUCAGGCCAAAUACCAACCGUCACGCAGAUGUUCUCGCCAUCCACCCCAGUUUUGAUCUGAGUAUUCCCUCCUCGUCAGACUCGGGUCAUUCGUUAUCAUCUCCCCCUUCUUCUCCUACAUCUUCGUCUGAUCACCAAGAUUCUAUCAAUGCCAUCGUCGCAUAUCAACAUGAACAUGAGACCACUCUUCAAAAUGAUACUACAUCUCCAUCUUCACAAGGAAAAAGGUCAGCAGACUGGCUGCCAUACAACACAACGGUCACUGUUUCGCUGAGAGAGCUGCGAGAUCUUGGUACAGAAAGCAGAAGUAGCCUCGAUCAUGACCUUGAAAGCGAUAAUGAUGUUGAAAUGCGGCAAGAUGCUCCAACCUCUAAAAAUAACAAGAGCAACGAUGACAACAAUCGCAGCAGCAACAACAGCACAGUCAAACAGAUUCAAGACUAUUAAAAGGAUACACACCGCAUCUCCGUUCUUUGACCACUCACAAGGGUUGUGUAUCUACACGCGCGUCUUUUCAAACUUGAACUUUUUGUGGUUUCCCUCCUGUGGCUGAUGGCAUGGAGUGUCUUUCUUAUUAUCUACGAUCUCUACAUACACGCAACAACGGAUCUAACUCACCAUCAACAGCU